AAGAAAUCCAUCCAUGGCUUUAACCAGCCGAUGCCGGCUCCGAGGUCGCAGGAUCCCCAUGGAAACGGAGUGCGGGACAAUAAUGUCAUCCCGCUCGGACAGUGGGAGUGGGGAGGACUCGUUGGACCGGCUCCUGCCCCCCGCCGGGGCCCCUCGCAGAAAGAGCGCUACCUCGCUGAGUAAAAGUGAGCCUCCCUUGCUCCGCACAGGCACACGCACCAUCUACACCGCUGGCCGACCUCCCUGGUAUGACGAGCACGGAGCGCAGUCAAAAGAGGCCUUUGUCAUCGGGUUGUGUGGGGGCAGCGCCUCAGGGAAGACCACCGUGGCCAAUAAGAUCAUUGAGGCUCUGGAUGUGCCGUGGGUUGUGCUGUUGUCUAUGGAUUCUUUCUACAAGGUUUUAUCUCCCGAGGAGCAAACCUUGGCAGCAAGUAACGACUACAACUUUGAUCAUCCGGGGGCAUUUGACUUUGAGCUGCUGGUUGCCACUUUGCGGAAACUGAAGCAGGGCAAGAGUGUGAAGAUCCCAGUGUAUGAUUUCACCACACACGGAAGACAGAAAGACUGGAAGAACGUGUAUGGCGCCAGUGUAAUCAUAUUUGAGGGAAUUAUGUCUUUCGCGGACAAAGAGCUUCUGCAGCUCCUGGAUAUGAAAAUCUUUGUGGACGCAGACUCAGACAUUCGGCUGGUCCGCCGGCUCCGCAGGGACAUCACAGAGCGCGGGCGGGAUAUCGAAGGCGUCAUCAAGCAAUACAACAAGUUUGUGAAGCCGGCUUUCGAGCAGUACAUCGAGCCAGCCAUGAGACUGGCUGAUAUUGUUGUGCCGAGAGGUGGCGGCAAUAUGGUGGCUAUUGAUCUGAUCGUCCAGCACGUUCACAGCCAGCUGGAGGAGCGUGAGCUCAGUGUCAGGGCGCUCCUGGCCUCCGCCCAGCAGACACAACCACUGCCCCAGACGCUCAGUGUGUUGGAGAGCACUCCGCAGGUCAGAGGCCUCCACACCAUCAUCAGGAACAAAGAAACCAGUCGAGAUGAGUUCAUCUUCUACUCAAAGAGAUUAAUGCGGCUUCUCAUAGAACAUGCACUAACGUUUCUACCAUCUCAGCCAUGUAUAGUUCAGACUCCACAGGGCCAUGAGUACGAGGGCCGCAGUUACAACGGGAAAGGGAUCACCGGUGUGUCGGUCCUGCGGGCAGGAGAGACCAUGGAGCCCGCCCUGAGGGCCGUGUGCAAGGACGUCCGCAUCGGCAAGAUCCUCAUCCAGACCAACCUCGACUCAGGGGAACCAGAGCUGCAUUACCUGCGUCUGCCCAAAGACAUCAGUGAAGAUCAUGUCAUCCUAAUGGACAGCACAGUCUCCACCGGCGCUGCUGCCAUGAUGGCAGUACGAGUCCUAUUGGAUCACGAGGUGCAGGAGGAUAAGAUUGUGCUGGUGUCGCUGUUGAUGGCAGAGCUGGGCGUGCACUCUGUGGCCUACGCCUUCCCGAAGGUCAAAAUCAUCACCACCGCUGUGGACAAGAGUCUGGACGAUUUUUUACAUGUAAUUCCGGGUAUCGGGGACUUUGGGGACCGCUACUUUGGGACGGACGGAUCUGACGGCUGGAGUGAUGAGGAGGACGAAGAACAGCCGUCAUACUGACACAAACGUCUGUGAGCCUCUGUGACAGAAAAAAAACAAAAACUACUUGAAAACUUCUGUUAUUGUGCAUCCUUCUCUUCAGGCAAAGACUAGCAAAAAGAAUUUGUUAUAUUCACUUUUUGUGUACUGUACAUGAAGUUUUGUACUCUUAUGCAACAGAUGAAUCUCGGUCGGGUUGUAUGCAUGAGGGAUAUUUGUUAAAGGGUCACAAUGAGACAGAAGUAAAGCAGUGCCAUUAUCUUACAGAUAUAAUAAUGCAAUAACAUUAUUUAUGUAAUUAUUUUGCAUCCACUAUUCUUAAAUCCAUCACUAUGUUUAUUUAUAAAAGCUUUCCUCAGUUCUCAGUAACUAUUAGCUCUUUUCAAAUUAGUUAGUUACUAAAUCUGGUUGCACCAUUAAAACUUGUGUGAGACUGUGAGUAAAUCUGUUAACAAACAUCUGCAGCGCUGAUCAAUCAAAAAUAGAAUACAGUGUAAAGAGGAAGUCACUGUAGCACAAAAAUGUGACAGUGCUUUCAAAAAUAACCUUUUAAAGGCCAAAUGAUACAUGCUAAUCCUUUUAAAUGUAGGCGUGACUUUGUUUUACUUAUAUAUGUUUACAAAGACAAAAUUAAGUGUGUUUCAGAAUGAAAAGUAUUCAUGCAAAAUUGAUCAAGGAAAUAUUUUGCAAUUUGAGUUAUUCUGUGUUAUUUUUGUGAAACAUAAUUUAAAAUCUUCACAGUUUACUUCGUUAUUAAACAGUAUUUUGAUAGUGUUUAAUUCAACAUGGUGAGAAAAACCUGUUAACUCUUUUACUCUUUAAUCUAAACCUAUAUAUAUAUAUAUACCUAUAUAACAGUCACACACCGGCUUUACUUGGUGCAAUAUUUAGUAACAACUAAUCUCUGUUGUUGAAUGUUUUAAUUUUGUGAUUCAUAAAUCUCCAUUUAACAAACAUGUUAUAAGUUAACCCCAGUUUGCACUUUUUAUCUAUUAUAUCUGUGUUAGAGAGUUCAGCAUCAGAUUUUUACGAUAAAUAAACACCAGAUCUUUGAAAAUGCCAGAAGUUUGUUAACCAACACUUCCCUCUCUUCUUAAGGUAUUUCCAGAAUCCUAAAAAACUUUUCUAACUAUUUGAAUGAAAGAAAUAUUUCAUCCAUAUUAUAAUAAUAUUGAAAAGUAACGUCAAUUUAUACCAAUAUAAUUAAAAUUUUAUUUUUGGUUCACAUUGUACAGCCUGAGUAAGGAGAUAUGUCAAAUCCAAAACCAUCUUUAUAUUGAUUCAAUUUAGGAAACAAGUUUAAAAAAUAUUAUCGGUGCAACAGACAGAAUGUUUUUUCACCUUCAGAACAGAGAGAAGUGUUGUAAAACGAACAUCUGGGUUUUUCAAAGAUCACCAGGUAUUUAUUUUUCAGAAAAUCGGACGCUAGCUCUGUGACUUAAAUAUAAUCUUAAUAAAUGAGAGGCACAAACUGGGGCCUCUUAUAACUAAGUCAGUUUGAACAUCUGGUGACUCAAGAUUAUGUUCUGAUAUGACAGAAUCCACACUUUACGCUGCUAUAAUAAGACAUUUUUAUAUAUAUGUUAUGUGACAAACUCACAUCACAAGUAGUUAACAGAAAUUUUAUAUUAAACAUGUAUUACAUUUUAUUAUUUUCAAUAGAAUCAAAAUCUUAUAGGUUUACACAUCCACAAAAUGACAGUAGCUACACAAUAAAUCUCAAAUUCAGGGUAUAAAAAAACCAUCAUGGAGAUUUAAUUCAGAUGUAUUUUUUUCAGUUCUCACUGCCACUUUCUACUUCUGCUGAAAACUGACAUGUUAUACAUGACACGCUGCUCUCGUUAAAUGUCCGGACUGAUCACUGAGUUGUGAAUCAGAUCUUCAGUGCGAGGUCACGGACGGUCACACGCUCACUCCUGAAUAUUUUUCCACACUCCUGGUUCAGAUACAGGCUGCUUUGCUCUCCCUCUGUGAUGCACUUUAAGGCCUGAAGGGGUCAGUAUAGAUCACAUUUAGCUUCUCUCAGAAGUGAUUUAUAGUGUUUCCCUUUGAGGAAUCAGUGUCUCUUUACAGUACAGAAGAAUGGAUACGGACUUACCUCAAACACCUCCAUCGUACAUGUUGAAAUAUGUUGAGAUUUGGUGUCAUGAAUGGCAGUUUUUGCAGGAAUGUAAACCCCCCGCCCCCCCUCCCCUUCUGGUUUCAGGUGAAUGAUCUGGUACAGAAUGCAUUGUGUUAAUGCUCAGUUAUACACAUGUAAGAUAAUGAUAAUAAUAAUGUAAUUUUCAGGGUUUGCAAAAUGAGCAGUAAAAAAAACCUCGAGCCUC